AUGGAAGACACAGAUCUGGUGGUCGAGCCAUCAUUGAAAGAGGUGGUUCUCGAAGAUUCCCUCAAGUGGAUAUUUGUUGGAGGUAAAGGUGGAGUUGGAAAAACUACAACAUCCUCAUCUAUUUCGAUCCAGAUGGCACUAAACCACCCGGACAAGAAUUAUCUUCUCAUCUCAACAGAUCCUGCACACAAUCUUUCCGAUGCAUUUGACCAAAAGUUCGGAAAAGAUGCCAGAGUUGUUGAAGGUUUGCCAAACUUGUCAUGUAUGGAAAUCGACCCAUCAGGAACUCUGGAGGAGUUUGCCACCAACAACAAGCUGGGAAUCAACCCUCAGGACCCUCUAACAAACGUGAUGACUGAGGUUACGGGUUCGAUUCCCGGAAUCGACGAGGCUUUUUCGUUUAUGGAGGUUUUGAAGCACAUCAAGAAGCAGAAGCAUCCAGAUGAGAGCAAGGUGCAAUUUGAGACCAUCAUCUUUGAUACAGCACCAACAGGACACACGCUUCGUUUUUUGCAGCUUCCACACACCCUAGAGACGUUACUGGACAAGUUUAAUGACAUUAGUGGCAGAUUAGGACCACUAAUGGGCAUGCUUGGAGGCGAACAAAAGCAGGAGUUGUUCGGAAAGCUUGCACAGAUAAAGGAGGAGGUUUCGGAGGUCAACAAGCAGUUCCAGAAUCCAGAUCUCACCACCUUUGUUUGUGUUUGCAUAUCUGAGUUCCUAUCCCUAUACGAGACCGAGAGGUUGAUCCAGGACUUGAUGAAGUAUCACAUGGAUGUCAACACUAUAGUGGUGAACCAGCUUCUUUUCGCUGAUGAUGAUCAGUGCAAGAGAUGCAAAUCUCGUUGGAAAAUGCAGAAGAAGUACCUUGACCAGAUGGAUGAGCUUUAUGAGGACUACCACUUGGUGAAGAUGCCUUUGUGCGGCAAUGAAAUCCGUGGCUUGAGCAACUUGAAGAAGUUCUCCAAGUUUUUGUUGAAGCCAUACGAUCCAAAGGCUGACAGUGAUAUUAUAUUUUCUAUAGAUGCCAAAUGA